UCGAGGAGGGAAGCUAUUUGCAACUGCACUGUCCGCCCUUCGUUGCUGGGGUCAAUCCCUUCGUUUUUGUAGAACAUAUUUCUCGCCUGGGCUUUCUCUUGCACCGCUUUCUAUUCGUCCUCUCUUCAUCGCGCCUCCUCGCCUCUUUUACGUUCCGUCAUAACUCUUCGCACCUGCCUCUCGACUUUCGUUGCUUGGCGUUUCCCGCCAUGUCCCAAGUCGGCGCGCGUGUUCGAGGGACCGCCGCCGUUAGCAGCGGUUUCCUAGUCACCAAACAUUCCGGCGGCGGUGGGAGAAAGGGCUUCCGCUUACCAGCAUGGGCUAGCCAGAUCUCCUCGUCUUUCGCGGGGGCGCGCCUCGUAUCCUCGUCAAAGCUCCACCCGCUAUUAUCACACUCGCCCGUCGGCAGAGGCGGGUGGCACAAGAGAGGGCGCGCAUAUAGUCACCGCCAUCGAUCGGUGGCGGAGGUUGCGGGGACGGAGGGCGGGGUAAUGGAACGAUCCGUCGGGCGCUCUCCGUCGAACGGCUCUGUCCGUUCCUCCUCCUCCUCGUCUGCACGUAUUCCCGAGUACGACCUCUCUCUCGUUUCGGGCCCGCUCUGCCCAGAACAACCGCAAUCUUCGGCGGAAGCGGCUCCAUCCACCACCCGCUCCCAGUCACAACAAGACGCGUGGCGCAUCGGCAAUGCUUCCAACGGCGCAGUUCGAGCCGACGCUACUAACGAGGACAAGGUUUUGGGCGCGGGGGAGAGCACCGGUACCCUAGCGUUGGACGAGGAGGAAGCGGCAGACGGGGGGUUAUGGCGGGAGGUGAGCGAAGGCGACUUGCAGCAAGUUCUUGCAUCUCUCGAGGACCGUUUUAUUGCCGAGCCGGGUGCGUCGCUCGACACUAUCGAGGCCAACGCGCGGGUUUUGUUCGCGGUGGGCGCGCGCAGGGGGCAGGUGUUGCGCAUCUUCCGCGCGCAGCCGGAGCUGGCGGGGCGGGAGUACGGUGCUGCCGUGCGGGACAAGGCGGAGCUGCUUGCCGCGUUCCGCAUCGCGCCCGCCGCGUUCCUCAAAGCGCUCUCGCGGUCGCUCGACUGGCUGGCGACGCCUGCGACGCACGCUGCGACGGUUCUCACGUUUCUCGACCGGGACCUUGGGAUCAAUAACCUCGCUAGAGUCGUAGCCGUCUGCCCCGACGUCCUCUCUCAACCGAUAGACAGGCUAUCCGAUACAGUCACAUUUCUCCGCACGGAUCUUUCUCUUGGAGCGGAGGUUGGCGCAGCGCUUGAGCGCAACCCCGCGCUUCUCGGGGCGGGGAACGGCGGAGGGCGCGCGGACGUGGUGCGCAAGCUGGAGGCGCUGCGCUCGUUACUCCGCCUGGACCGCUCCGUCGAUGUGCUCCCCCUAGUGCAGCGCUCGCCGCCGCUUCUCUCCGCGAGUGCUGACGUGGCACGCGAUACGUACAAGCAGCUCUCCGCAGUGCUCGGCGAGGAAGGCGCUGCGGCAGUCGCUCUUGCCCGGCCGCAGAUUCUCGCGCUGUCUGAAACCGCUGUGCGGGAGACGCUGACGCAGAUCGCACGGAGGUUCGGUGGUGCCGGACCUGCAGCCUCGGUGCUUGCUUCGGCGAACCCGUCUCUACUUCGGCGGCGGUGGGACAGGACGGCGGGGAAGCUGGAAUAUGUGACCGAGGUUAUGGGGCGCGAUAUAGCGGAGAUCGCGGCGUGGCCCGCGGUGCUGUCGUGCAACCUGCAAACGAGAAUUAAGAGGCGUUAUGACGCGCUGCAAGCGGCGGGGCUGGGCGCUAAGGAGCCGCUUCGGGUGCUGUUCGGGUGCAGCGACCGCGUGUUCGAGAGGCGGUUCGACGUCGUGCUGCCGAAACCCACCAAGGGGAAGAGGGGGAGGAAGCCCAAGACAUGAGCAGUGAGCACACCAGGCAGACUCGUCAGGUGCCAUUUCGGGGUCAACUCACUUAAGUCAUAGCAUUGCCGUGUUGAUCUGCUCAUCUGCUGAUCUGCUGAGCUGAAGCAAGCUUGUCCCAGCAUCUACCUAUCUGCUGGGGCUGGAUUGCCAUGUUUCGUAAACCCUGAGUCCGCUCUUGCUCCGAAAUGCCUGGACUUCACAUGUGCGGCUUUAGGCCCUUGUAGAGUACCCCUCGCUUACCCCUAAUGGCCCAGUUCCCGAUGCACAUACAAGGGGAGGGACCCAACGACCUGAGACAGUUGGUUAGAAGAGAGGAGGGGUUGACCUUUAAGGGGGUGGAGAAGUUGUCUGGAGGGGGGUGCAGUUCGGUAAAGAUCGAGAGCGGGGACCUCUGACAGAUUGUAAACCUUGUGGCUCUGUAAUUUGGUAGUUGCUGUUCGGCAUGCUGCGGAUUAUGUGGGCACAUGCAGGGUCAGCUGCUUCAAGCAAAGGUUGCACCUUGCCAUGUACUGUGCUGAGAAAUCUGAAGUGGU